AUGCACAGGAGAAAAAGAGAGCCGCGACGCCUACAUUACUACUCUCGGGAUCCUGACAAGCUGUGGGGCCGGCUCAAUGCGAAUUUCUCGGACGUGUAUGGCAUCCUAGAGUCCGAGUCCGAAUUCCGGAAGGGUGGCUACAUGCCCGUCCACCUAGGGGACGAGAUAGGCGACGACGGGCGCUACCGCGUCAUCCACAAGCUCGGCUUCGGCUCAUCGGGGGCCGUCUGGCUGUGCCGGGACCUGCGGCCCGGGCCGCAAGACGUGCCAGAAGGAACCACUCACUACGUCGCCGUCAAGAUUCUCAUGGCCUGCCCACUCGCAGACGUCGAGAAGCAGGCCAUCUACCACGUCAGGGACCGGCUACUCCGCUCUACGAGCGGCUCCCCACCCCCCAGCCCUGGUUUUGAGAGACAUCUAUGCCUCCCCCUCCGGGAAUUUACCUGCCAGAGCCCAAACGGCACGCACAUUUGCCUGGUGUACCCCGUUCUGGGCCCUCCGGCAAGUGAAGCCCUGAGUAUCUUCUAUCCACAUCAAAAGAUGGAUGAGAAGGAGCAUGAAAGGGAUGAAGGGCCUUUGCUGCCACCUCUUCGGAAACAAGAUGACGACGACGACGACGACGAAGAGGAAGAGGAAGAGGAAGAAGAGGAAGGGGGACGAUGUGUUGGAGCCCACCCCUUUCAGGAUAUAUUCCAAGAAACGGCCGAGGCUCUUGCCUUGCUUCACCGCCAUGGAAUAUGCCACGGAAAGCUCAUCAAUCUCGAUGGACUAGAGGAGGACGAGGUGCUAGAGCUUCUCGGGCAGCCCGACACUGAGGCCAUGGUGAUAUUGGAGGAUGCAGGACUGACUCCAGAGAUCCCAGGCGCUCCACGCUACCUCGUCUAUUCGGUCGACUGGCCCCUCGUCAACCCAGCCAUUAUAUCAACGAGAUCGCGCCUUAUAGCUUUUGGAAACUCUUUUUUUGCUGAUAGCGAUGAUGGGACUCCCGAUUUCAUGAGAAGGAAAAGGUAUAAAUGGCCCUGGGGAGUCCCCUGCUACGCGCCAGAGAUGAUCUACAGCAGGGACCGCCGCACGGCCGUGGCCGAUACCAGCAGCAGCACCACUGCCAUAGACCUCUGGUCUCUGGGCUGCAUGCUAUACGAGAUUCGCUUCGCCCAGCCGCUUUUCCACAUCAGAGAGCAAUUGUCGUAUCGCUACACGACCGUUAAUUAUGAAUGGCAUUUUACCGGUGAAGUCUUUCUUCUGCUAGGCAAGCUGCCGAAUCCUUACCCAUGGUAUGAUUUCGACGAAGAUCUACAAUCCAUACAGCCUGGAAAUGACUAUGCGUCUACCGCCGCCCUCGUCGCUGAUGCUGCUUCGUCUACCAACGACGGGACGGACAACAACGACGAAAGGGAAAGACUCCACCGUUUCUACUCCAUCCGAAAAAGAGUCUGCCGGUGCCACGGAUGUCCUCUUAUGUCAGUCACGAACUCCCGUUGCCCUCGCCGGCAGUCCUGGCUCAUAUGCGAUGAUGAAGCCGAGACCUUGGCGGACCUGAUUGAGAGACUGCUGAGGUUCAGGCCGGAGGACCGACUGUCCGCAGAGGGUGCCCUGAAGCAUGAUUGGUUGGCGGUCAAGUACGAGUGUUCUUUGGAACGCGACUGA